GGGGAGGGGGGAAGCUUUUCUUUUUUACUUUGCUUUACAAAAGCAGACCCCUCUCUCAGAUUCUUCCUCUUCUUCUCACUUGUGUUAUAUCUCCUCUCUCUCUCUCUCUCUCUCUCUCUCUCUCAUGAGAAGAACUGGUUGAAGAAUAUAUGUAGAUGUAACCAUAUUUUUUGUGUUGUCUUCUCCACAUUGUUUUAUGAUCUGACAUAAAAUCUGGACAAAUGACAAAGGUAAGUCCAGAAUUCGGGGAUCAGAUGCAGAUGGAGGCAGUUAUGUCGGUGUCGGUUGAUGUGAGCUUUGCUUCUAAUCGGUUUCCGAAGUAUAGAAUAGGUGCUGAUAAUCAGAUUUUGGACGAGGCAAAGGAGGAUCCUAAGGGUCCACCCCUGAAGGAGGUUGUUAUACAGGAAACUGCCCAGCUAGUAGAGCAGCAAAAGCGUCUCUCUGUUCGUGACCUUGCAAGUAAAUUUGACAAGAACUUGGCUGCUGCUGCUAAGUUGUCAGAUGAGGCUAAGCUUAGAGAGGUGGCUUCUUUGGAGGGACAUGUUCUUCUGAAGAAGCUCAGAGAUGCACUGGAAUCUUUGAGAGGCCGAUUGGCAGGUCGAAAUAAGGAAGAUGUGGAGAAAGCUAUUUCAAUGGUGGAGGCUUUGGCAGUAAAGUUGACUCAAAAAGAAGGGGAGUUGAUUCAAGAGAAGUUUGAAGUGAAGAAGCUAGCGAACUUUCUCAAACAGGCUUCAGAAGAUGCUAAGAAAUUGGUUAACCAAGAACGGUCCUUUGCUUGUGCGGAAAUUGAGAGUGCUAGAGCAGUGGUGCAAAGAUUUGGUGAGGCUCUUGAGGAAGAAGAAAGAAUUUCCCAGACCUCAGGAAAGCAGGAGCUCGACGAACUUCUGGAGGAGGUUCAAGAGGCUAGAAGAAUUAAAUUGUUGCAUCAGCCCAGCAAGGUGAUUGACAUGGAACAUGAACUCCAAGCUCUACGCAUGCAGAUUCGAGAAAAGUCUAUAAUUUCGGUUAAGCUCCAAAGAGAGCUGGCAAUGAGCAGGAGGGCUGAGGAGAACAAGUUCCGUGUAUAUGAGUUCGGUGGUUCUGAAACUUUAGGUUCAGCUUUGCGAGUUCAACCUUGCUCAGAUGAAGCUCAAGACCUUUCAAAAUGUUCAAUCCAGUGGUAUCGUAUACCGACUGAAGGUAGCAGAAGGGAACUUAUUUCAGGUGCCAACAAAUCAAUCUAUGCUCCAGAGCCCUUUGAUGUUGGGCGAUUUUUGGAAGUUGAUGUUGUCUCAGCUGGCCAAAAGGUUGCUGUGACAACUUCUGGUCCCAUAGGUCCAGCUGCGGGAUUGGCCAGUUAUGUGGAGACUCUUUUACGGAAACCCAACACUGAAUUUAAUGUAGUUAUUUCCCAGAUGAAUGGACAAAAUUAUUCAUCACGUUCUGUUCACUUGUUUCAUGUGGGGAAAAUGAGGAUGAAACUUUGUAAAGGAUGGAUUACAAAGGCUAGAGAAUCAUAUUCCACAUCAAUGCAGCUAUGUGGAUUCAGAGGCGGUGGUAAUUCUGCAGCUAAGUCAUUGUUUUGGCAAGCAAGGAAAGGACAAUCCUUUGUAUUGGUAUUUGAAUCAGAGCGAGAAAGAAAUGCGGCCGUUAUGCUUGCAAGGAGAUACGCUCUUGACUGCAAUGUCAUGCUUGUUGGGCCGGAAGAUCAAGCGUUCAUUUAAACCUAACUGAUUUUGUGAGUUUUCAACUAAUGUGAGUAUUAACAUUGUUUUCUGAGUGUGAGUAUUCAAUUUCUUGUGUGAUUGUGAUGAUGAGGAAUGUCUUCGCGUUUGUAAUUGUGCUUCCUCUAAUUUGGUCGCAUCCUUUUAUAGGCAUCGUUUUUAUUUGCCUAAUCAUUGGGUUGUAACAGGUUUGAUCUAUUGUAGUUAAAUGAUGAUUCAUUUGAAGCUGAUUGUGAUGAUUUGCAUGCUUAC